AUGCGCAAUUCACAGCUCACACUCACACACUCAUGCACAACUCACAGCUCACAUACCCACACUCAUCUCACACUCACACACUCAUGCACAACUCACAGCUCACACACCCGCACUCAUGCUCAUGCACACACAGCUCACACACAUACACACACUCAUGCUCAGAAGUCACAUGCACACACACUCAUGCGCAAUUCACAGCUCACACUCACACACUCAU